GAAGUCCAGAAGAUGAGUGUUUGUGUGGAGGAAGAGGAGGACAGAGCAGAGUUUGCAGUAUCCAGCUGUCUGUCUAUGAAAAGUGACUGGUCCAAACAUUUUCCUCCAGACUUCAGUAAUAAACCUGGACCCUCAGACACAAAAGACAGACAGAGAGCAGAAUCUGCAGUAUCCAGCUAUCUGUCUAUGAAGAGUGACCGGUCCAAAGUGUUCGAUCCUCCAGACUUCAGUAAUGAACCUGGACUAACAGAUACAAAAGAGAGGAAGAGGAGUCAUGUUUCUGUGGAGGAGCAGCUGUCCUGCUGUUCUUUGUGUCAGGACGUCCUAAAGGAUCCAGUCUCUACCAGCUGUGGACACUGGUUCUGCAAACAGUGCAUCACUUCACACUGGGACCAGUCUGCUUCACCAGGAGACUCCUCCUGUCCCCAGUGUGGAGAAAGAUCCAGAACAAGAGCUGGACUGCAGACAGCCAGUCAGAGCAGCUCUGUACAAAUGAGUGGUGGUCUGCUGGAGGUUUUAGAUGAACAUAAGAUCAGUCUGAGGAGGAGAUGUGAAUGUGUGACUGAAGGAAGUGAUGAAACAGGAAGUGGAACCCUCCUCAACAGGAUCUACACUGAGCUCUACAUCACAGAGGGACAGAGUGAAAUGGUUAAUACCCAACAUGAGGUGAGGCAGCUUGAGACAGCUUCCAAGAUGGAGACCCUCCAUGAAACUCCAAUCAAGUGCCACGAUAUCUUUAAAGCCUUACCUGGCCAACAGAAACACAUCAGAGUGGUUCUGAUGAACGGCGUCGCUGGUGUUGGAAAAACCUUCUCAGUGAAGAAGUUCACUCUGGACUGGGCAGAGGGCUUGGAAAACCAAGAUGUCAGUCUGCUGGUUCUGCUCUCAUUCAGGGAGCUGAACUUGAUCAAAGAUGAGCAGUACAGUCUUCUCACGCUGCUCCAUGUUUUCCAUCCAACAUUACAGAAGGUCCCAGCAGAGAAGCUCGCUGUCUGUAAACUGUUGUUCAUCUUUGACGGCCUGGAUGAAAGCAGACUUUCAUUGGAUUUCCACAACAAUGAGGUUGUGUCUGAUGUCACACAGAAGUCAUCAGUCAACCUGCUGCUGACAAACCUCAUCAAGGGGAAUCUGCUUCCUUCGGCUCUCGUCUGGAUAACUUCCCGACCUGCAGCAGCCAAUCAGAUCCCUCCUUCAUGUGUUGACAGGUUAACAGAAGUACGAGGCUUCACUGACGCCCAGAAGGAGGAGUACUUCAGGAGGAGAGUCGGUGAUGAAGAGCUGUCCAGCAGAAUCAUCUCACACAUCAAGACCUCCAGGAGCCUCCACAUCAUGUGUCUAAUCCCAGUCUUCUGCUGGAUCACUGCUACAGUUCUGGAGCACAUGUUGACUACAGACCAGACAGGAGAGCUGCCCAAGACCCUGACUGACCUGUACUCACACUUCCUGCUGGUUCAGACACAGAGGAAGAAGCAGAAGUACGAUGAGGGACAUGAGACGAGUCCACAGGAGCUGACGGAGGCUGACAGGAAGGUUCUUCUGAAGCUGGGGAGGCUGGCGUUUGAACAUCUGGAGAAAGGGAACCUCAUGUUCUACCAAGAAGACCUGGAGCAAUGUGGUCUUGAUAUUGCAGAGGCCUCGGUGUACUCGGGAGUUUGUACAGAGAUCUUCAAAAGAGAGAGUGUGAUCUUCCAGAAAACAGUCUACUGCUUUGUUCAUUUAAGCAUUCAGGAGUUUCUGGCUGCAGUCUACAUGUUCCACUGUUACACCAACAGGAACACAAAGGUGCUGGAGGACUUCCUGGGAAAAAAACACAUUGAUUCAACCCUGGAUAUCUUCCUGAAGGGAGCAAUAAUGAAAUCCCUUGAAAGUAAAAAUGGCCACCUGGACCUGUUUGUUCGCUUCCUUCAUGGUCUCUCUCUGGAGUCCAACCAGAGACUCUUAGGAGGCCUGCUGGGUCAGACAGACAACAGUCCAGAAAUCAUCCGGAGAGCCAUCAACAACCUUAAGAAGAUGAACACAAAAACUUCCCCUGACAGAAGCAUCAACAUCUUCCACUGUCUGAUGGAAAUGAAUGACCACUCAGUACAUCAGGAGAUCCAAGAGUUCCUGAAGUCAGAGAACAGAUCAGAGAAGGAACUCUCUGAGAUCCACUGCUCAGCUCUGGCCUACAUGCUGCAGAUGUCAGAGGAGGUUCUGGAUGAGCUUGACCUGAAGAAGUACAACACAUCAUACCAGGGACGACAGAAACUGAUUCCAGCUGUGAGGAACUGCAGAAAGGCUCUACUUUCCUUCUGUGGACUCUCAGAGACUCACUGUGAAGUUGUGGCCUCAGCUCUGAAGUCCAACCCAUCCCAUCUGAGACUGCUGGACCUGAGUCACAACAACAUACCGUAUUCAGCAGUGAAGCUGCUGUCUGCUGGACUGGAGAGUCCAAACUGUAGAGUGGAGACUCUGGUACUGAUUCGCUGCAGUUUGUCAGAGAUCAGCUGUGCUUCUCUGGCCUCAGCUCUGAAGUCCAACCCCUCCCAUCUGAGAAUGCUGGAGCUGAGUGACAACAACCUGCAGGAUUCAGAAGUGAAGCUGCUGUGUGAUUUUCUGGAGAGUCCACAAUGUAGACUGAAGACUCUGGGAUUGAGUAUUUGCAGUUUUUCAGAGAUAAGCUGUGGUUCUCUGGCCUCAGCUCUGAAGUCCAACCCGUCCCAUCUGAGAGCGCUGCACCUGAGUGACAACAAGCUGCAGGAUUCAGGAGUGAAGCUGCUCUGUGAUUUUCUGGAGAGUCCACACUGUACGCUAGAGACUCUGAGAUUGUGGAGCUGCAGUUUGUCAGAGAUCAGCUGUGCUUCUCUGGCCUCAGCUCUGAAGUCCAACCCCUGCCAUCUGAGAGAGCUGGAGCUGGGUGGAAACAAGCUGCAGGAUUCAGGAGUGAAGCUGCUGUGUGGUUUUCUGGAGAGUCCACACUGUAGACUGGAGACUCUGAGAUUGUGGGGCUGCAGUUUGUCAGAGAUCAGCUGUGCUUCUCUGGCCUCAGCUCUGAAGUCCAACCCCUCCCAUCUGAGAGAGCUGGACCUGAGUGACAACAAGCUGCAGGAUUCAGGAGUGAAGCUGCUGUGUGAUUUUCUGGAGAGUCCACACUGCAGACUGGAGACUCUGAGAUUGUGGGACUGCAGGUUGUCAGAGACCAGCUGUGCUUCUGUGGCCUCAGCUUUGAAGUCCAACCCCUCCCAUCUGAGAGAGCUGGAGCUGAGUGGAAACAAGCUGCAGGAUUCAGGAGUGAAGCUGCUGUCUGAUCUUGUGGAGAGUCUACACUGUAGACUGGAGACUCUGAGAUGGAGGUAAUCUCUGUUAGAGAGUGAGUGAUGAGAGAGGUGGUGGUGAGGAGCUGUGUCCAGCUUGUGUGUGGAUAGGCUUUGACUGGGCCUUGUUACUGGGAGGUAGAGUGGAGAGGAGAGCUUCAUCCAGCAGUGACUGACAGAGGAAUCACAACAGUGCUGCAGUCUGAACUGCUCUGAGAUCAGCUCCACUGUCAGACACAAUGUCAAGUCCACCAUCAUCCCUGUGUGUUCCUCUGGAUGUGACAGAGUAUCAUCAGUGUAUCUGGACUGCUCUGCUGCUGCUCUGUCCUUCUACACAGUCUCUGCAGACACACUGAGACUGAGCUCCACACUCAGCCACCUCCUCCAUCUGGACCUGGACUUUAUUUCAUUCAGAUGUUCUGAACCCAAAGUGCCUCUACAGAUUAGUUCUGUUUAUGACACUUAAUUAAAUGAAUUCUUCUUUUUUGCUGUGUCGGUUGCAGCUGCACCUUGUAGAUUGAUGGAGAAUUGCAGUUAAUUUCCACAUUAUAUUUCGCAUUUUGGAAGUUGAUGUGAAAAAGCAGCAUCCAGCCUGCAUGCAUAAAGUUUCCUCUCUCAGUUAUGCUUAUUACUACCAAUACCAGACUUUCCUCACAGUUUAACAAAUAAUUGUUUGUAACACACAGAAAGAAGAUAAAACUUGUUUGGAUUUAAUCGAAGCUUCUUGACGUCUACAAACUGUAACGCGAUUCUGACUCCAAACUUAAGUAUCAUUGUUAUUAGUGCAGGAUAUGUUUACUUUUUAAAUUAGUCUAUUUUAAUAGUAUAUCCCAACAGAUUGUGUUGUUACAGAAAAAUGCAAUAUCCACUAUGAUCCAAUGUUAAUAUAUAAAUAUUGAUUAGA